ACCGACGGCGGAACCGAUCGCCACACCUCCCGCUGUAGCGGCCAUUUGGGCCAUCAGACCGAGGCCCUGGCUAGGGGAUUUUAUCUGUGGAACGACGGCACUCGGUGGGGCGCGCUGGACCAUGGACUGGGAUGGUGUUGGGGUCGCUUGGCGUGGGAGGGGGGGGGGGAGGGGGAAGCCGCGACGACCUGAUGUGGCGGAGCUGUCGGUUGGGAUCUGCGCGCAGCCGGCGGCGGAAAAGUGGACUGAAAUUUCUCGCACGAUUUUGACUGAUUGGUUAAAGGGGGAAGGGGGGUGGUUGUUUUUUCGUGGAAAUGACGGGAUAUUUGCUCUUGACAAUUCUGCACAGUUACAGCUCGGGUACGAAUUGAUGAAAGGAAAAAAAAAACAAUUUGGAACCGGAAAAGUGAAAGUGAAAAUUCAAAAUAUACAUGAGGAAGAAAAAGUCUACAGAAAUCCGAAGAAAACAGUUUGAACAUGUCCCGGGAACCAAGCUCGGGUUCGCUGCAGUUCUGGUUCAUAUGAUCACCGCCUAGCGAGAAUCUUUUGGGUGAACUCGUAGGACAAACAAGAAGACAAACGAGCUUGCCUUGAAGAUGGAUCACAUAAGGUUAAUUUAACAGCUCAAAACACAGAAUUUUGGAUUACUUAUCCCAAUGGAUCAUCGUCAGCGAUUCGUGAUCUUCGGCAUGGAAAACAACAUCAAAUACCAACAGCUACAGAACAAUUCGGACGAUUACGCCAGGACCAGGUUACCAGCGUUGGUCCUACCUUCUUAAAUGGACGUAAGUAAAUUUUUAUUAAUUUAUAAAAAAAAACCUCACCCUUAUGUAUCGAUUAUUUCAGACCAAAUCUUCUAAAGCACUCAAAAGUCGACGCUGAUCGGGUAGCUUGUGCCCAUGGCCGGUGAGACCCGCUUCACCGACACCUGCAGGGACGAGCAGAAGCACUACAUCACCAUCAAGUCGACUGACAACUCGAUGAUCCUGGAUCCGGUGUUCAUUGCCAACCAGCACGACAAGGAUUAUCGAAUUCUUCAAGCUGAUCAACGCGUCCUGUUAGUCACGGUCAGCGGUACGGUCACUUUUGAAAAGACUGAGGACAUUUUGUACGUGUCCGCGCUGGAGGACAUCACAUCGAGCGGAUCGCUUCAGCUGUCGGACGAUUUCGGCUCACGGUCGGCCGCGCUCAAGGAUUCGGCCCAGGACGCCACCGUCAGCCCGUCGACGGCAUCUCCACAAAAGCGCACCCCGGACGCGUCGAAGACGACGAUCUGUUCAACUAGAACGACGUGUUCCAGGUAUCGCACUACGCACACUAGAUCUUCCAGUAACCAUAUCUGUCACGGAUGGAGAUCCAGAAGGACUCGCUGCAGCUGUUGGGCGCGGCGGUGUAUUUGUUGCACGAUUUCCACUUCAUCUGUGACGGCGCGUACUUGCGGCGCGAAAUGUCCUGAUGGAGGUGACGGUGUUCAAGACGAUCGGCUACGACCUGGGCAUUCCGCUGUCGUAUCGUUUCCUGCGGCGAUACGCCCGCGUCAACCGCAUCGACAUGUCGUCCUUGAGCUGGACCGCUACAUUCUGGAGUUUUCGCUGAUGGAAUACGCCAUCGUGCAGCUGAACAACUCGAAGCUCGUGUGUGCGGCGCUUUUCCUCGCGAUGCGCAUGAACACCAUGCCCGGCUGGAACAAGACGUUGGAGUUUUAUUCUGGCUACAAAAUAGAAGACUUUGCAACGAUCGCCAUGCUGCUGAACAACAUCAUGACCCGCAAGCCGAAGGAAUCGCUCAACACCGUCCACCAAGAAUACUCACACGAGCUGUUUCCGAGUCGGCCAAAGCCCUUCAUUACCGAUCUGCGGGUGCUGUUUGACGACCCGGUUCGAGCUGACCGCGAUCCAGCAGCUGCAGGUGCCGGCCUCUUCGUUCUCGAUGAUGACCGUAAGCAGCAGCAGCAGCACCAGGCGCGUCAGCGGACAAUCCUGGUCAAGCGCAUCGAGCACGUGAAGCCGUCCCGCUGUCGUAAGGACUUCCUGCGUCGCGUCGAAGAAAACGACAAGGCACGCCACGAACUGUGCACCUACAACCGCGUGGCCUUGAUCUGCUGUGCGCAGCUCCGCACACUACGUGACGAGCAGGACGUUGUAAGCCUCUCACGUUCGUCUCCCUGGUACCGAUUCCCGGCAGAUAUCUUCGAAGCCGGGAAACCUCAGAAAAAUCUAACCAAACCAAAAAAAUUCGACCAGUGAAAAUAUUAAAUUUCUAUUGUAAACUUACGUGAUAAUAAAUCUCUACGUGUUCUCGUAUUUUUUUCUCCACUUUUUGUAUAUUGCCUAAUUUAUUAAAAGGGCGAAUUAGCUUUUAUUAGUCAAUUCGCCCUUUUGAUAAAUUUGGCAAUGUUUACCAAAUCAAACCAAAACAAUCCCUUAAUUUUUCUACUCACCGCUAGAGGUCGCAUCGGUCGGUUAAUUGAACAGCGACAUCUAUGUUUGAAGUCUGAACUACUUGAAAUAAUUCCUGAGAUGCGAGUGAAAUAUUUCUUAGCUCGAGUAGCGCGAAUUUUUUGUGUCAAAAGAGCUCGAAUUCGAGGCGAAUACACGCCAAAUUCGAG